AUGUGGAACAGGCUAAAGGAAGUGGAAAAGCACUUUGAGUACCAAUACCCAUCUCAGACCGAUGAUGUCGUGCAGAUGAUAUGGAAGGCCAUUGCUCGGAAGGUUUUGGACUUGCUUGAGGUUCUACAGUUUAGAUGUUUUGAUACUUCAACGAAGUAUCCACAGCUGCUUUCCAGCUUGGGAAUCGAAUCGAAGAUUGAAGAGAUCCUAAGGAACUCUGCCAAUUUUGAAAAUGGUGGUGUAUAUUAUUAUUCAGAGAGAGGUGACCGACUGAUUGAUCUUGAUGCUUUCCAUGAAAAACUUCUCCAGAUUUCACAAGAAUUGAACUCACAAUUAACCGAGCCUGAGAAAGCUGGACUAAAAGAAUCAGUUCAUUGUUUCCUCAAAUGGGCGUGGCGAUAUAACAAAAAUCUUGAAGAGCAGGCUGCCCAACUUCACAUGUUGACUGGCUGGUCACAGAUUGUUGAAGUUGCUGUAUCAAGAAGGAUGUCAUUAUUCGAGGACUGUUAUCAGCUAUUGUUUGAACUGCUUGAUGCUUCGUUGAAUGCCUGUUUUGUCCAUUCUAGGAGAAGCAUACCAAGUUCUCAGUGA